UUAGGGGGUAUAUUUUUAAAUUAUUUUUUUAAGGUUGUAAGAUUGCUGGUUUCUGCUACGAUCCAAAAGAAGCUUGUAUUGGCUCCGUUUGCUGUGAAGUACUCAGCGGUGAUCCAAACAAUCCAAAUUAUAACCCGGCCUCACAGCCAGGCGCAAAUCCAGGCAAAAAUUCUGGAAACGUAAAUCCCCAAACUAAUAACCGUCCCAAUACAGGAACUUUUCCUGGCUACUACCCGCCCGGACAACAAUUUCCUCCACAAUCAUAUUAUCCUCCCCAACAGCAGUACAACCAGCCACCUGUUAUUAUUGUCAUCAAUAAUCCUGGAAGUGGUGCUGGUUAUAGCUACAAUAUUCCUCCAAAUUAUGGAACAAGCUAUUUAAUCCCUCCGAAUUACGGCAACCAGCCUUUAACGAACAAUUAUCCUCCAAGCUACAACAAUUUCCCUCCGAAUAAUUAUCCGGUGAAUAAUAGACCUGUGUGUACAGUAGACCAAUCAGCCUGUCAGACAAUGUCUUUAGCUCAAUGCGCCAGUCCUAUAAUUGCUCAAAAUUGUGCGUGUAAAUGCAGUGCCUAUAAUCCAUACAAUAAUUAUGGCUUUAAUAAUGGCUAUGGAGGUUAUGGAAAUAUGCCCAUGUAUGGAAAUAUGCCCAUGUAUGGAAAUAUGCCUGGGGGAAAGUGA